UAUUUAACUAAUAAUUAAGUUUUAGCAAGAACACAAUGAGAAAAGCUGUGAAUCAAAUUGAACAAAUUUAGAAUGAUUUCCAUGAAUGUGUGUUGUGUGCUGAUACCAAUGAAUUACAAGUGUACUACAAGUUGACGUAUUUGGUUCAGCCGUCUCCAUCAUCAUUCAUUCAUAUUCAGCUCUUGCUUUUCGUCAUGCCUACCUUCUUCCCCAAUUCAAUUUCUCAUUUCCCUUUUCUUUACAACAGUUGAUUUAACCAUGAAAUCUGCAAUGGGUGUGUCUAUGGCUGCUUGUGGUUCUACAGUUGCGGUUUACAACAAUUUGGUUGCAUUUGCGAACCAACCUUUUUCUAAAUCUGCAAUUUCUAGCUGCUCUUUUACUUCGAAUCCUGCUAGAUUUCCUUCUGUUUCCCCCAAAUCAAGAUUGUCAUAUACACUGAGUACUGUGAUUCCAAAAGCUUCAGCCACAGCUGUGGAGGAUGGGAUCUAUCAGGAAACUGAUGAUGUUCCAAUACCUAAAGUGAUUAUAGACCAGGAUUCAGAUCUGAAUGCAACUGUGGUAGAGAUUACCUUUGGGGAUCGCCUUGGAGCUCUUCUUGAUACUAUGAGGGCUCUUCAAAAUCUUGGACUGAAUGUCGUCAAGGCAAAUGUUCAUCUGGAUUCUUCAGGAAAGCACACUAAGUUUCUGAUCACUAAAGCUUCAACUGGCCGUAAAGUUGAGGACCCAGAGUUACUUGAGGCAAUUCGUUUAACGAUUAUCAGCAAUCUUCUUUUGUACCAUCCGGAAUCAAGUGCCCAAUUAGCAAUGGGAGAAACCUUUGGGAUCGAGGCACCAAAACAGAAGAUUGAUGUGGACAUUGCAACCCGCAUACAUGUAUACGAUGAUGGGCCUAAUCGAAGCCUGCUCUCUGUGGAGACGGCAGAUCGGCCUGGAUUACUGGUGGAUCUUGUGAAGAUUUUUACUGAUAUAAAUGUUGCAGUAGAAUCAGGAGAGUUCGACACUGAGGGGUUGUUAGCGAAGGCCAAAUUUCAUGUGAAUUACAGGGGCAAAUCGCUUAUCGAGCCACUUCAACAGGUUUUGGCGAAUAGUUUACGUUACUUUCUGAGGCGACCAACAACAGAGGAUUCGAGUUUUUGAAAGGGUUUUCAGAUCAAAAGAUGUAUCAGAAGCUGAAUAUGCAAUCUGCAUGUAGUUUAUACAAAGGCACCCUGUUAGUAGUUAUGGGAUGUUAAUGUUACAUUAUUGUAGUAACAAUUUUACCUUUUAAGUAUUACUGGGUUUUUUAUGGAAA